AUAUAUAUAUAUUAAAAAAAAAAAAUUUGGCCAUUAACCUGUCUUUGGUUUCAGGGAUUAUUGUCUGAGAUUCACUUGGUUUUGAAUUGAAAGAGAGAGAUGGAAGUCGUGCAAGUACUUCACAUGAACAAGGGAGCAGACGAAACUAGCUAUGCUAAGAACUCAAAAGUUCAGAGCAAGAUAAUAUCUAUCACAAAGACUGUAACCGAGGAAGCCAUAAUUGAACUAUUGUGCAAAAAUUUGCCGGAGAGCAUGGGCAUUGCUGACUUGGGUUGCUCAUCGGGACCCAACACCUUAACUGUGAUCUCAGAGAUAAUAGAUAUCAUAUAUUCCAAAUGCAGCAACCGAGGCUGCCCAACUCCAGAACUUAGAAUCUGCUUGAAUGAUCUUUAUAGCAACGAUUUCAAUGAUGUAUUUGGGUCAUUACCAGCUUUCUACAACAAACUGAAGGAAGAGAAGGGUACGGAUUUUGGGCAGUGUUUCAUUACAGGUGUGCCUGGUUCUUUCUCUGUAUUUUGCUCUCGAAAUGUCAUCUGA